AUGUGGAGGUUGGUGCUGGUGGUCAGUCUGCUGUGCUGCAGCUCUGAGGCUUCAGUGUCGUGCAGAGAUGAGAACGGAGCUGAAGUGGACUGGUUCAUCUUAUACAAGACUCCCAGGAAUCUGAAGCUGACUGGUUUGGAGUAUGUUUACAUUUAUCCAGAUAACAACCAGAAGGCUAAAUCUCAACGUAGCACAAAGUUCAUCAACGCUGCUGACGGCCUCCUGGCGAACACGCUGCAGCCGCUCAACCUUCCUCCACCAAACUUUGGAUUCAUCAGCUACAAUGAUGGCGUUCCAGAGGGUUGUUCUGCUAAAGUUUCAGACCCAACGGACACAUCUGGAGGUGCAGUUUCUUCUUCAUUUGGUCACAGUAAAGGAGUUGUGAUGGUGGAGAAAGACAAGAAAGGAGUCUGGCUCUUACACAGCACACCACAGUUCCCUUAUAGCAGAGAUCCAGAUCAUUUCUACCCUGAGAGUGGAACAAGAAAUGCUCAGAUAUUCAUCUGUGUAACAUUCAACUACGACCAGUUCAAAGCAAUCGGUGAACAUCUGCAGAAGAUCAGAGCUUUCCCAUUUGAUCAUCAUAUUCCAUCAGACUUUCAUAGAGAGCUUCAAGAUGUCACAACCAUGAACACCCAAAACCAUAAUACCCCAGCAAACAACAGGUUCCCUCCUACGUUCCAACAGCUGACAUCCAGCGGAGGGAAGACGUUUCACAGCAUCGCUAAACAAGUGUCAGAUCAACCAGAAGAUGGAGAUCUUUACGUCAGCAUUUCAAACGAAGUCAGAAGUGAUGUGAAUGUCCAGAGCUGGGGCUGCCAGCCUGAGCGUGAUGGUUCCUACUGCCCCACACGUGGAUAUAAGGUGCAAAACGUCGUAUUAGUAGAGACUGUUGGGGCUAAAUGGGAUCCUGGCAGUGAUCAUUCAAAGUGGUGUGUAGCUGUGGAUCAAAAUAAACCCUGGACCUGUAUUUCUGAUGUAAACAGAUCAGAGUCACAGUAUGGGAGGCUGGGGGGGGCAUUGUGUGUUAAAGACGAAGACAUAAGAAACAUAUUCAUGAGCUUUGUAGUGUGUAAGGAUGAAUGUUGA